ACAUCAUGACGUCACUGUGUGUGCGUAUCAGAGGUUCAGCGGCGGCAGUGUUUUUUUGUUGUUGCGUAUUUUCGGAUCUUUGACGUGACAGAACGGUCGGUUUUGAGCUAAAUUAGACACGCGUGGGAACGUUUUCCACGCUGCCAGUGACCCGGGACAGACACGCUUCAUAUCCGGAUAAAGCGCUGCUGUCACUGCGGGGAAAAUGUCUGCGGGCUCCGGGAACAGAAACACGAACACGGAACCGUGGGGAAGCUUCGACGACAACCUCGUCCAGGGUGGUGGCGCUGCAGUCAUAGACAUGGAGAACAUGGACGACACGUCGGGCUCCAGCUUUGAGGACAUGGGCGAGAUGCACCAGAGGAUGAAGGAGGAGGAGGAGGUGUCGGAGGAGGCGGCGGCCACCGACGACGACAGCCCCGAGGACGGAGAGUUCCUGGGGAUGAAGGGGAUCAAAGGUCAGCUGGGUCGACAGGUGGCAGAUGAGGUGUGGCGGGCGGGGAAGCGUCAGGCUUCCAAAGCCUUUAACCUCUACGCCAACAUCGACAUCCUGAGGCCGUACUUUGACGUGGAGCCAGUCCAGGUCCGCAGCAGGCUGAUCGAGUCCAUGAUACCUGUCCGCAUGAUCAACUUCCCACAGAAGAUCGCAGGUGAACUGUACGGACCUCUGAUGCUGGUCUUCACGCUCGUCGCCAUCCUGCUGCACGGGAUGAAGACUUCAGGAACCGUCAUCAGGGAGGGGACUCUGAUGGGAACAGCCAUAGGAACAUGUUUCGGGUACUGGCUCGGCGUUUCCUCCUUCAUCUACUUCCUGGCCUACCUGGUCAACGCUCAGAUCACCAUGCUGCAGAUGCUGUCCCUGCUGGGUUACGGAUUGUUCGGUCACUGCGUCGUCCUCUUCGUCACCUACAACAUCCACUUCCACUUCCUGUUCUACGUCCUGUGGCUGCUGGUCGGAGGACUGUCCACCCUGCGCAUGGUGGCAGCUCUUCUGUCUCGCACGGUUGGUAAGACGCCGCGUCUCCUCCUCUGUGGGACGCUGUCUCUGCUGCACAUGCUCUUCCUGCUCUACCUGCACUUCUCCUACCACAAGAUCAUUGAAGGGCUGCUCGACACUCUUGAAGGACCCAACUUGUCUCCGAUCCAGCGGGUGGCCAGAGAUGUGCCUGAGCUGACACUUAACGCCACGGGGCGGAGCCUGGGAGUGACACUGAUGUCCCACUGAGGACCAGCCCACUCAGAGACGCUGUCGGCAACCUUGAGAAGGAGAUGUGUUUCUUUUUUUGUGUAAAUGUUUAUCUUUGGUUACCUGGUAAAAGAAUAAUCACAGGUCAAAGGUCAUGACGGUGGUGAAGCUUCAUGUUCACAUGUAUUUAUAGGUUCUGUACAAAACUCUAAUAAACUUUAUGGACUUUGGUUUAAA